UUCCACGCUUACUUCACGCCGUUCGUGUUCGUCGUCGGCAUCAUCGGGAACUGCCUGUCCCUGGGAGUGUUCCUCUCGAAGAGCAUGCGCCACCUGUCAGCCAGUACCUAUCUCUCGGCGCUGUCUGUCACAGACCUCAUUGCCCUGCUGUUCUACGUCCUCGUGGAGUGGCUCAUCCGGGGCUACCCCGUGAUCAGCUCCAGCAGCUCUCCAAUUACCUUCAUAAACUUCACCGGCAUGUGCCAGGUGAUCAUGUACCUGCACUACGUGUCGAGGUUCAUGUCCUCGUGGCUGGUCGUCGCGUUCACCAUCGAGCGCUACAUCGGCGUCUGCCACCCGUUUCGCCGACGGCACAUCUGCUCUCUGGCUGUCACGCGGAGGAUCGUCAUGGGCAUCGUAGUGCUGUCCUUUCUAUUCAACAUCUUUAAGCCACUGCUCAGCGUCGUCCAACACGUGGAUCUGCACGGACAGAUGUGCACCACGGACCCCAGGCACCGGUUGCUGUCGUUCAUCCUCGACUCGUUCUACGCCGUGUCCAUCACGUUCUUCCCAUUCGUGGUCAUCACGGUGUUAAACAUCUGCAUCAUCCGGCAGCUUUACCUCCACAACCGCCAGCAGAGAAUUUUCCGUGUGGUCACGCAGGUGAGCGUCAUCCACCUGGAGUUCACCUCAAUCCUGCUCGUGGUGUCCUUCUGCUUCAUCGCGUUCAAUCUGCCCUACUUCGCCACCUGGUGCAAACUUUUCCUCACCUCCAACUUCAUAAGGCUCUCGAAGGUCGAGGAGCUUCAUGAUCUUGACUACUUCCGGGGCGUGGCCUUGUUUACGCGCGCGAUCUACUACGCGAACUACUGCAUCAACUUCUUUCUUUACUCCAUCACGGGGGCGUAUUUCAGGCGCGGGCUCAAGAACCUGUUC